CGGAACGGGGGCUUGGAGUUAUUGGGGUGCUCUGAGGCUUUGGGGUUCUGGGUUUGAGUUUAAGGAGGGAGAGAGGGACUCAUGGCUGCGGUGGCUGAAGGGGGUCCCUGCCCCAUUUGCAAAAUUGCAUUUCGGUCUGUUUUUCUGUGUUCCUUCAGCUUGUCAGAAGGUCCAAAUUCCCUCUCCAAAAUAAAAAUUCAGGACCCCUGGGGCAUCCCCCUUGCCCUGAAACCCCUUUCCCACAUCCCAGGAGACCGGUUUCUUUCAGGGGCGGGACUUCAGGAUGUACCUGAACAAUUGCUUUAAACUCUACUUAUGAAGAGUACAGGUUGUGGGGUGACGGAGGGGAUGGCUGGGGCCAAGGCUGAGUUGGAACCCAUCUGGGAGAGGGUCUUAAACUCUCCGGGAAGUUGUCUGGGAGUCACUGCCACCCACACAGAGAUGCCUCGGAUAUUGGGUAGGUGGCAGCCUGGCGUCAGCCUCUUGUCUGUUCUGAACCGGCCCAUUCCCAACAGCAGGUGGGGAAACUGAGGCCCGAGGAAGCCGCUGAAACCCAAGAGCCCUCCUGCAUCCCAGCUCCUCGCCGAGGGUUGCCCUGAAUGAAGCUCUGCUCCUCCCUUCUUCCCCUUGACUCUGGGCUAUGUAGGAUUCAGACCUGGAGCUUUGAGAGGAGGCGCUUCGCUGUGUGGCCUCAGGCUGGUCCCUAGUCCUCUCUGGGCUUUAGUCACCCCAGGAGAUGCGCUUUGGUUUUGGACUGGAGUGGGGGUAGGUGAGGAAGAGAGGGAUCACUUGAGACUGUCUUGAUCUGUGCCUGCCCCACUUUGACUCUGGUUCCCUCACCAGGCUCCGCUGGGGCUGAGCCCCGACAGGAUCUUAGGGUCCGUGUCGCCUCUUCUGCUUUGAAGUGAGUUGUCUCCAAGCCUAGGUGUCCAGUCCCCCCAGGAGGGGCCUUUCCCCCUGAGAACUCAGUCCUCGCCUCUGUCCGAUGGGCAUAGAAGGGGCUGGAGAUGUGGCAUGUCUUCUGCAGUGGCCACACCGGGCUGGCGGCCAGUGUUUGCUGGGGUUACCCAGACUGGGCCUGGAAGAUAGAAAUCAAACUGCCCUUGGAAAGGUGACCAUGACGUCAGCCUGCAGGACAGGCGCCACCUCCUGUCGCCUGGCCCUCGCCAUGCAGACCCCGCGAGCGUCCCCUCCCCGCCCGGCCCUGCUGCUUCUGCUGCUGCUACUGGGGGGCGCCCACGGCCUCUUUCCUGAGGAGCCGCCGCCGCUCAGCGUGGCCCCCAGGGACUACCUGAACCACUACCCCGUGUUUGUGGGCAGCGGGCCCGGACGCCUGACCCCCGCAGAAGGUGCUGACGACCUCAACAUCCAGCGAGUCCUGCGGGUCAACAGGACGCUGUUCAUUGGGGACAGGGACAACCUCUACCGGGUAGAGCUGGAGCCCCCCACGUCCACGGAGCUGCGCUACCAGAGGAAGCUGACCUGGAGAUCUAACCCCAGCGACAUAAACGUGUGUCGGAUGAAGGGCAAACAGGAGGGCGAGUGUCGAAACUUCGUAAAGGUGCUGCUCCUUCGGGACGAGUCCACGCUCUUUGUGUGCGGUUCCAACGCCUUCAACCCGGUGUGCGCCAACUACAGCAUAGACACCCUGCAGCCUGUCGGAGACAACAUCAGCGGUAUGGCCCGCUGCCCGUACGACCCCAAGCACGCCAAUGUUGCCCUCUUCUCUGACGGGAUGCUCUUCACAGCUACUGUUACCGACUUCCUAGCCAUUGAUGCUGUCAUCUACCGCAGCCUCGGGGACAGGCCCACCCUGCGCACCGUGAAACACGACUCCAAGUGGUUCAAAGAGCCUUACUUUGUCCAUGCGGUGGAGUGGGGCAGCCAUGUCUACUUCUUCUUCCGGGAGAUUGCGAUGGAGUUUAACUACCUGGAGAAGGUGGUGGUGUCCCGCGUGGCCCGAGUGUGCAAGAACGACGUGGGAGGCUCCCCCCGUGUGCUGGAGAAGCAGUGGACGUCCUUCCUGAAGGCGCGGCUCAACUGCUCUGUGCCCGGGGACUCCCAUUUCUAUUUCAACGUGCUGCAGGCUGUCACGGGCGUGGUCAGCCUCGGUGGCCGGCCCGUGGUCCUGGCCGUUUUUUCCACGCCCAGCAACAGCAUCCCUGGCUCGGCUGUCUGCGCCUUUGACAUGACACAGGUGGCAGCUGUGUUUGAAGGCCGCUUCCGAGAGCAGAAGUCCCCCGAGUCCAUCUGGACGCCGGUGCCGGAGGAUCAGGUGCCUCGACCCCGGCCCGGGUGCUGUGCAGCCCCCGGGAUGCAGUACAAUGCCUCCAGCGCCUUGCCGGAUGACAUCCUGAACUUUGUCAAGACCCACCCUCUGAUGGACGAGGCGGUGCCCUCGCUGGGCCACGCGCCCUGGAUCGUGCGGACCCUGAUGAGGCACCAGCUGACUCGAGUGGCUGUGGACGUGGGAGCCGGCCCCUGGGGCAACCAGACCGUUGUCUUCCUGGGUUCCGAGGCGGGGACAGUCCUGAAGUUCCUCGUCCGGCCCAAUGCCAGCACCUCAGGGACGUCUGGGCUCAGUGUCUUCCUGGAGGAGUUUGAGACCUACCGGCCGGACAGGUGUGGACGGCCCGGCGGUGGCGAGACAGGGCAGCGGCUGCUGAGCUUGGAGCUGGACGCAGCUUCGGGGGGCCUGCUGGCUGCCUUCCCCCGCUGCGUGGUCCGAGUGCCCGUGGCUCGCUGCCAGCAGUACUCGGGGUGUAUGAAGAACUGUAUUGGCAGUCAGGACCCCUACUGCGGGUGGGCUCCCGACGGCGUCUGCAUCUUCCUCAGCCCUGGCACCAGAGCCGCCUUUGAGCAGGACGUGUCCGGGGCCAGCACCUCAGGCUUAGGGGACUGCACAGGACUCCUGCGGGCCAGCCUCUCGGAGGACCGCGCGGGGCUGGUGUCAGUGAAUCUGCUGGUGACGUCGUCGGUGGCAGCCUUCGUGGUGGGAGCCGUGGUGUCCGGCUUCAGCGUGGGCUGGUUCAUGGGCCUCCGUGAGCGGCGGGAGCUGGCCCGGCGCAAGGACAAGGAGGCCAUCCUGGCGCACGGGGCGGGCGAGGCGGUGCUGAGCGUCAGCCGCCUGGGCGAGCGCAGGGCGCAGGGUCCCGGGGGUCGGGGCGGAGGCGGCGGCGGUGGCGCCGGGGUUCCCCCUGAGGCCCUGCUGGCGCCCCUGAUGCAGAACGGCUGGGCCAAGGCCACGCUGCUGCAGGGCGGGCCCCACGACCUGGACUCGGGGCUGCUGCCCACGCCCGAGCAGACGCCGCUGCCGCAGAAGCGCCUGCCCACCCCACACCCGCACCCCCACGCCCUGGGCCCCCGCGCCUGGGACCACGGCCACCCCCUGCUCCCGGCCUCCGCUUCGUCCUCCCUCCUGCUGCUGGCGCCUGCCCGGGCCCCCGAGCAGCCCCCCGCGCCGGGGGAGCCGACCCCCGACGCCCGCCUCUAUGCUGCCCGGCCCGGCCGCGCUUCCCACGGCGACUUCCCGCUCACCCCCCACGCCAGCCCGGACCGCCGGCGGGUGGUGUCGGCGCCCACGGGCCCCUUGGACCCAGCCUCAGCCGCUGAUGGCCUCCCGCGGCCCUGGAGCCCACCACCGACGGGCAGCCUGAGGAGGCCACCGGGCCCCCAUGCCCCUCCGGCCGCCACCCUGCGCCGCACCCACACGUUCAACAGCGGCGGGGCCCGGCCCGGCACAGACUUGGCCCACCUCCUCCCCUAUGGGGGGGCGGACAGGACUGCGCCCCCCGUGCCCUAGGCCGGGGGCCCCCCGAUGCCUUGGCAGUGCCAGCCACGGGAACCAGGAGCGAGAGACGGUGCCAGAACGCCGGGGCCCGGGGCAACUCCGAGUGGGUGCUCAAGCCCCCCCCGCGACCCACCCGCGGAGUGGGGGGCCCCCUCCGCCACAAGGAAGCACAACCAGCUCGCCCUCCCCCCACCCGGGGCCGCAGGACGCUGAGACGGUUUGGGGGUGGGUGGGCGGGAGGACUUUGCUAUGGAUUUGAGGUUGACCUUAUGCGCGUAGGUUUUGUUUUCUUUUGCAGUUUUGGUUUCUUUUGCGGUUUUCUAACCAAUUGCACAACUCCGUUCUCGGGGUGGCGGCAGGCAGGGGAGGCUUGGACGCCGGUGAGGAAUGGGGGGGCCACAGCUGCAGACCCAAGCCCUCCCCCACCCCUGGAAAGGUCCCUCCCCGACCCAGGCCCCUGGCGUGUGUGGGUGUGCGUGCGUGUGCGUGCCGUGUUCGUGUGCAAGGGGCCGGGGAGGUGGGUGUGCGUGUGCGUGCCAGCGAGGGCUGCUGUGGGCGUGUGUGUCAGGUGGGCCACGCGUGCAGGGUGUGUGUCCACGAGCCACUAUCGUGGUGGCCCCAGCGGCCUGGGCGUUGGCUGAGCCAACGCUGGGGCUUCCAGAAGGCCGGGGGCCUCCAAGGUGCCGGUUAGGAGUUUGAACCCCCGCUCUGCAGAGGGAAGCAGGGACAAUGCUGGGCUUUCAGGCAGGGGACACGGGGAGGGCCUGCCCAGAAGUCACAUCGGCAGCAGCUGUCUAAAGGGCUUGGGGGCCUGGGGGGCGGUGAAGGUGGGUGGGGCCCCUCUGUAAAUACGGCCCCAGGGUGGUGAGAGAGUCCCAUGCCACCCGUCCCCUUGUGACCUCCCCCCUCUGACCUCCAGCUGACCAUGCAUGCCACGUGGCCGGCUGAGUCCUCCACCCUCUCUGGAGUUUGCCUCCCCCAGCUCCCUCCCCAUCAAUAAAACUCUGUUUACAACCACCGGC